AUGAGUGAUGAUGGAGAGCAGCUGUUGAGGGCGUGCUUGUCAUCAGAUCCACAAAGGGCGCUGCAGCUGUUGAGCAGUUGGGAUCCACGACGUAUUCGAGAUGCCGCCGCCACUUUGAACCGUGAUAUUCUGGAUGGCUGGACAGCACUGCACUGUGCCUGCCUUCGGAGCCAUGUAAAGGUAGUGGAGGUGCUGUUGAAGCACGGCGUUGAUGCCGAAGCCCAGACCAACUAUGGCCGAGCUCCACUGCACUAUGCCUGCGAGAAGGGCCAUGUCAAGGUGGUGGAGAUGCUGUUGAAGCACGGUGUUGAUGCCAAAGCCAGGGACGAUCUUGAGCUCCAUUACAACCAAAACCACAAGGUGUACAAAGCUCGUGCAGCGCUGCCAAAUCGGCCUGAGCAAGAACAGGAUUUGGCUGUCAAGGAGUAUGCAUUUGCCCAGCAACACAAGCAAAAUCAGUGUCGUACGUUUCUGCGCGAGCUUCGCGCCAUGCGCCAGCUUGAGCAUCCAAACAUCGUUCCAGUCCUCGGUGCGCUUGUGGGCGUGCAUGAUGGCCACCCAAGCGCCUAUCUGGUGCAGCCGUGGUGUACACAGGGGGAUCUGCAGCAGUGGCUCGGCAAGGCGCGGCAUCUGGCCACCUCGACCGUCGUUGCGAGUUUGAUGACGCAGCUGCGCAUGGCCCUGGCGUUUAUGCAUAGCAAGGGCCUGGUGCAUCGGGAUGUCAAGCUGAGCAAUGUGAUGCUGGACGGUGACGAGAACCAACCUGUUGUGCGGCUCGGCGAUUUCGACAUUACCAAGGCGGCUGCCGAAGCCACUAUGCUACCAUGCACAGCCACUGCGUCGUCGGGCACGACUGGCUAUAUAGCACCGGAGGUGCUAUUUGGAAUGGGUCGUGUAGGUGCACGACCGGCACAGGAUGCCUUUUCCUUUGGCUGUGUGCUAUACAACACCUACAUGUUUCCACAGACGGUGCCACCUGCUCGUUUACCCACGGACCAGCUUGCCGAUCAAUGCACAUGGGAUGCAGGGGCAGGAGGUGCAGAAUGCAGUUUUCCGCACUUGGCGGCUGAGAUGUGCAAUUCGACGAGCGAGUUGUACAAGGAAACACGGGCCUUGCUUGCAACAGAUCCAAAGCAGCGGCCAAAUCUCUUCAGCGCCGGGCAAAGAGUGCAGCGACCUGUCACGACUCAAGUUGUUGGGCCAGCUAUCGACGUUUUGCGCGACGCACCCGAGCUCAUCCCAGAGGUGGUUGAACUGCUACAGCAGCUGAGUGCUGACGGGCGAGGGCCAAGCAACAUUGCAGUGCGGCGGGUGGAGCGUGUGCAGAACCCCGUGCUGUGGGAACGGUACAGCGCCAAGCGAUGGGAGAUGCUGCACCGCAUUACAAGUCAGGAACACUAUGAUCAACUUCAUACGGCCACAGUAGAUGCGUUCUCGGGCUGUCCAGCUUUGCUUCGAAAUACACCCUGUCAAGAGCGCUUGUUGCUUCACGGCAUCGCCCCUGACACAAUGUUGCGCGACAAGAUUGUGCGCCUGGGCUUUGACUAUCGUUUCGCUGGUCGCAGCUCAGGCCACAAUUAUGGACUUGGUGUUUACUUGGCCAAUCAUCCCGGCAAGAGUCACCAAUAUGCGACGCCCGGAGAAAACGGUGAACGCAUGCUCAUUAUUACGCGAGUCCUGUGGGCCGUGCCUAUAGCGCUGGCUCCCCCGCUGCUGCCCAAUGCACACAACAAUGAGCGAUUUGAUUCUGUCAUUGCUACACCGCAAGUUACGUUUCGUGAGGUGAUAAUGUUCGACAAUGCCCAGAUUUACCCCGAACUAGUCGUCUACUACACUGCCUAG